UUCACAUUCUACAAAUGAUAAAAUUCCUCAAGAUCAUAUAAAGAGCAUGUGAUAGACUUGGCUUGCAACCUAGAACCCAGAAACAAAAUACUUAAUUGCAACAAUACAACACUUCCCAGAAGAAGACAUGUAAGAAGAACUGAUAAUGGGGCCCAUAAACGAAGAUAUGAGCACUAACUACAUAUUAUUUUCUGUCUUCCUGAUAACCAUUUGGGAACCUUCUGAGAGGGAAUGCAGCUCAGUAUUGACCCUGAGGAUUUGGAAUUCUCCUGAGCACUUCAGCUGCUCCAGAGACUGCUCCUAGUAUCCUUCUGCUCACCUCAUUUAAGUGGAACUAUUGUUGUAUAAUAUGCCCUCAAGUCAGUGCUAAGACCAGUGGAUGGAGCAGGAGGACAUGGGAGAUGUGGGGAUUCUCCUUCCUGCCUUGUCCUUGAUCUUGACUUCAGAGAUUGUACUGAGUCCUUUGACUGUAUGACGGGGUGUCCGCAGUCUUGCAGUCUCUGCUCUGCCUAUUCCAGAGCCAGUGAACCUGCAGCAGUUUCCCUUUCAACAGAGAGAUGUCUUUACUGGCUUUGAGAUGCUACUUUGAUCUUUUUUCUCCACCAGAUGAGAAAAUGUUGGCAAGAUUAUUAGAGGGAGGGAAAGAGAAGACAGGAGGUGAACAAAUGGAAUAAUCUGCCAUAUAUUGGGAGUGAAUUGGUUUCAAUCUCUUCAUGGAUUUGGAUUUUAAAAUUCGACAAAUUUUGUCCAAGCAAUCGGAUUUGUAGGUCUAAAUCUUCUGCAAGAGAUCUUCUAGCCAAGGUUUUCCCAGAGCAAAUCUACCUUAUCAAACCACAAUUACAGUGUCAAAUUCCCUGUGAAGAAGAAUCAUGGUCCUCACCUGAUGGAGACAUAAACAAAACUUCCAUGGUGUCAGUACUGAUCCUUCGGGUGGGGAUUCUUAUGCCUUUGUUGAGCUGUGCUUGUAAGACAGUAAGUGGGUAUGGAAUAGUCGACUUUGAGCACGAAAGAUCUUGAAAUUGGAAGGGGAACUUAGUAUUUACUUUUGAUUCCUAUGAAUUUCCUCAGUAUCCUGUAUCUCAAAGAAACUGUCAGCUGAGAGAAUCCAUGGCUCUGUGACCCUAACAUCCUUUCCCAUAUCCAGUAAUAUGUAUCAUUUUUAGAGAAACAAACUUACAUGUUGAUGUGAAUCUGGGGAAAAGACAGAGAAUAACAGGAGAGAAAGGUUGACAAUAAACAUGGUUUUCUUUUAGAAGCUUGCUGACCCUGGGGGCAGAUUCAUAGUCACCUGGGGAAGCAUUUUCUCCUCCACAUUUGCAUGAAGAAUAAUGUGUUUUUAAAAACAAAUCUAGAGAGGUCGGGCUGCCGCCUUCUCCUCCUGUCCUCCCGGGAUCAAUGAGAACUCCUACCAUCUGACAGGUCACAGGUCACACUCAUGUGACUCACAUUCAUCUCUCUGUCUCCUGCUACUUUGGCUCAGGUCAAAUCUGCUAAAAAAAAAUGUGUUGGACACUUAUUCUGUGCCAGUAUUUAUCUUAUUUGCUGUUAAUAAAGAUGAGUCAGAUGUCCUUGCCCUUGAACAUUUUACAGUCACAGAGAAAGAAAAUAGUUUCAAUAUAAUUUGUUAACAGUCAUGACGGAGGUAAGUACAUGAUGUUGUAUGCACACUUAUGUAUCUGGGGUAGACUAGAUGUUUGCGAAUGUGUGUAUUUGUGUGUGUCCAUGUCUAUGUAUGUUAGGGAUGGAGAAUGGGGAAAAUAUGUGAGUCAGAAAGGAAGGUGUUCCUGGGUAAUAUUUUUCCUAAAUGAAAUCUUAAAAAACCUGUGGUUAUUAGUGAGAUGAAGAAGUCAUAGAAAUCAGUAAUAUCCUAUAACUUCCCUUUCAUUAAGUUUACCACUGACCUUAGGCAUCACUUAGAACUUUGUGAGAAGUGUUUAGUUUUAUGCUCUCUUUCUUUUUUCGUCAAAACUGAGAAAGGAUGUUUGUUUACUAUUUAAUUUUCCCUGAGAUCUGGACACAUGCACUAAUUUCUCCUCUAGGAAAGGUAUGAGCCGUGGCAGAGAGAGAAGCAAAUCUAAAGGACAAGAGGUGAAACAGGAGAGUUUGAGAAGCAACCAGGUAGCACCUUCCACUAGAUGAGUAGUAAUUGAAAAACUACCCAUCUUAAAAUAGCUUUUGUUCUCAAAAUUUAUUUUUGUGUCAGUUAUUUUUAUAAUAGAGUACAUUCCCCUUUAGAAGCAAUUCCAUAUUAGUUUGAUUUAAGGAAUCAUUAGAUCAUAAAGGCUUGUUUGGCCCAGUAUAGUCAUUCACUAAACCAUUAUCUGCUGUGAAUUUAUUAUGUUCCAGGGACCCCACUGGCAAUGGGGAUGAAACACAACUAUAGUUCCGUCCCUCCUCUCUGAGAUUCUUUGUCCUCAGGAGCUGGGUCUUUUGUCUGUAUCCCCAUUUCCAAGCAUGUACUUUGCCAAUAACAUUUGCUCGACAAAUAAGGUAAUUGAAUAUUUGAAGUGUGAUGAAUGUUCAAGGAAAGUGAUGCUAACUCUACGUAGUGGACACACCUCUGAACAGAGGGACUAUGCUGAGCAAAAGCCAGUGGGAUAUAAAAAUGCAGUGUAUCCUAGUUAUGUGGCAGGGAAAAUGGCUAUAAAUGUGGCCUGUGGUCAGAUAAGGGAGCCAUAAAUGAUCAUCAAGCAGAGAUGUGAUUGUUCAUAUUAAUGUUUUAUUUAUUCUCUUAUUAUUUCAAUGUUGAAUUGAUAUUUUUCAUUGCUUUGACUCACAGACCUGUCCAGAUGCCUAAGAGUCCAUCAUUAGAUUAAUGAUAUGGAGUGUAAUUCUAACUUUUUGAGAAAACUCCUGGGAAUUCCUUUAACCCAGCAUUUCUGAACUUAGAAUUCAGGGGGUUCUUCAAUUUAGAUGUGAAUGCUACUUCUUUAUUUUUCCUUUACUCUAACUGAAAUUUAAAAUUUCCUUUUUGCUUGAAUGUAGGUAACUAACCCAAACCAGCACUGGCAGGAUCCAUAACUUUAUUACCAAUAGAAACCAGAAGUAUUUUUAUAUAACAUUACAGUGGUUGAAGAUAUCUCAAAAUAUCAUUUAAGCUCAUCAUUUUGAAAUUAAUAUGGUUAUUAGAUCUGCUACAACAUUUAAAAAAUUAAUACAUGAAAGAAGCACAUGUAUUAUGGUGUCACAUUUGUUUUCUAAAAUUAUUUUUAUAAGUGUAUUUUAUAUAAUUGAUUUCCUUGGUAAUCCUGUAUGUUCUAUUUGAUGUUUGUUUAUUUUUUUGUUUAAUGGAUUUAAAGCAUUAUUUGGAAGCACCUUUACCAGACAGAUAAAGGGUUGAUAGUCCAAACCUUGCAUGUGGCCUUAAACUUUAGACUUUAAAUUUCUUUCCUCUGUUUCAGGAAUAGCUCCAUGAAAUUUGAGUAUUGUUCCCAAAUUCUUGGCAUUCUCUCUACGGAUACUGGUAGGCUUUUUAAACAAGUCUGCUAAACUCUGUGAUCAACUUAUUUUUAUUUACUUUAUUUAAUUAAUGAUAUUUUAUUGAAAAGAGCUCUAUGCUGUCUAAUAAAGAACACAAAAAUGAAAAAGACAGGCACAGUUUUCAGAGGAGUUUUUAAUCUCUGGGAGGAGUGGACAGAUGACGCAAGGCAGUGAGAGAUGAUGGGCUGGAGGGGGUGGAUUAGUGCUGUUUAAUGUGAACACAGAAAAGGAGCCAAGCUCAUGAUUUGAAAUGGAAAUGAUGUUGUGAUGGCAUGUCGGCUAUUUUGGAAGUUCACUGACAGUUAAGACUGAUGUUUGGGAGCUCCAGCUGAAGUUGGGGAUGGGAUCGCCAAAGAGAUUAUGGCCCACUCUCCAGAGUUACCCUCUUUGUUUCUCAGCUCUUUUGAAGUAGGUUAUUUUGUCUGACAAAAAGUGUCAGUUCUGCAAGGUACUUUGGCUCUUUUUGAUUUCUUAUACCUUCGUGACUGUUUUCUCAGGGAAGAGACAACAGGAACAGUUGUAUGUCCAAAGGAUUAAAAAAUCUACACCAUCACGAGAUGGAGGAGGUGUGCCAAGAGCAGAAUAAGAAUCAAGGGUUUUAGUUGAUAAUAAAAUGAAGUUAAAUGGCAUGACUUUAAAGACAAAGUUAAUCUAUUGUUUUUAUUAUUAGAAGCAUGAUAUUCAGAAUAAAGAAGAUGGUUGUCGUGAUCUACUCUUCACUUGCCAGAUGAUAGUUAAAAUGAAUGCAUCAUUUUAUAAAGUAUUAAGUUUUGCCACAUUGAAAACAUUCUAACUAAAGCAGCCUGAUCAUCUUCUAAAAACCUUAUAAAGUGGAUUCUUGAAAUGGUUGGUAGUUAUUGGGACAAUUCUUAAGCUCUCCAAUGAUGAAUUAUAUAAUUUUAUAGGUUAUACACACAUAUAUGUAGUGUGUAGUGACUCUAUACUGAGAAAAGAGCAAACUAUGACACAGACAAAUCAGACACAAGUGACAGAAUUCCUCCUUCUGGGACUCUCUGAUGACCCACACACCCAGCAGCUGCUAUUCAUCUUAUUCCUGGGUGUCUACCUGGUCGCUGUGCUUGGAAAUCUGCUUCUCAUGUCCCUUGUUCAGGUUGACUCCCAGCUUCACACACCCAUGUAUUUUUUUCUCUUCAACUUAUCACUGGCUGACCUCUGCUUUUCUACCAACAUCGUUCCGCAGGCCCUAGCCCACCUGCUAUCCAGGAAGAAGCCCAUUUCAUUCACACGUUGUGCUGCUCAGCUUCUACUCUUCCUCAUUUUUGGGUGUACACAGUGUGCCCUUCUGGCAGUGAUGUCUUAUGAUCGGUAUGUAGCCAUCUGCAACCCUUUGCAUUACCCUAGCAUCAUGACGUGGAGAGUGUGUGCCCGGCUGGCUGCAGGAUCAUGGGUCAUUGGUGUUCUGGUGUCUCUAGUGGACACCACCUUCACACUGAAGCUACCCUACCAAGGCUGUAAUAGUAUUGCUCAUUUCUUUUGUGAGGCCCCUGCAUUGUUGAUCUUGGCAUCCACAGACACCCGCACUUCAGAGAUGGUCAUUUUCCUCAUGGGUGUCAUGAUUCUCCUCAUACCUGUUUCUCUAAUUCUGAUCUCCUAUGGCCGCAUCAUAGAGACUGUGGUCAGGAUGAAGGCAGCUGAGGGAAGGCUCAAGGCGUUCUCUACCUGUGGCGCCCACCUCAUGGUUGUCAUUCUUUUUUAUGGGUCAGGAAUUGUCAUGUACAUGACACCAAAGUCUUCCGAAGAACAGGAAAAACUGGUGUCUGUGUUCUAUGCAAUGGUGACCCCCAUGCUUGACCCCCUGAUCUACAGCCUGAGGAACAGAGAUGUGAAGGCAGCUCUGAGGAAAGUAGCCACAAGAAAUAUUCCAUGCAGGCUUGGAAUUUUCCACUGAUAAUGACACCUUCUUGGCUCCCUACUCAUAAGACUUACUGAGUAGUUCCCUGAGCAAGACGAAUAUAGUACGAUUCUUAUCCUUGUGCCUGGCUGUGGAUCCGCCCUCCAAUUCUUCAUCCAGAAGUUCCUUUCUAGAAUAAGGACAAUAUCUCAUGGACCAUGGUCUUUUGGCACUUGAGUUAGGAAAACGCCUGAGAAACAUUCAUAUUUUAUAAACCCUGGAACCUGUAAAAUCUAUCUUUUUUAUCAUUCUAUAUAUUACUAUCUAUCUAUCCCAGAUCCUACUCCAACUCCUGUAUCUUUUGGUAUUUUUAAAUCUUUUUGCAUCAUCAAAUAAUCAAUAAUUUAAUAAACAUCACUUGAUCACUUACUGUGAGCUAGGUGCUACAUGUAUGUGUGCAUGCACAUCACCUGCAUGUGUAUUUGAGGUGGGUUAUAAAGGUAUGUGUAUGAGGGGGCACAAUAUGUGAGCUCUGCUGUCCUUCUUCUCACAACCUUAUUAGAGACAGAAGUAUUGUAUCUAGCAAGGAAGGGUAAAGACAGGGUUUUGGAAACCAACAAGAAAUAGUGACUUCCCAGGGCCAGCAAGAGUGAGAGCUGUUACCAACCCUGGGCCCGAAGGAUCAAGAGGAAGAGGGUAGCUGUAUGUAAAGGGCCACCGGACAGGAGCUGUGGAAUAAGGUACAUGGAGGCAAGGAAGCCCUGGGGAUAAAUACUUCAAGCUUAUUCUCUACCCACCUUUUGCUUUUCUAUUACUAUAUCCCCCCCAAAAUCCGAGAUAACCUCCCCAUCUGAAGAUCCUUAAUUUAAUCACAUCAACAAAGUCCUUUUUACCAUGUAAGGUAAUAUAUUUACAGGUUCUGGGGACUAGGAUGUGGACAUUGUUGAGGGGCCAUUAUUCUGCCUACCAUACCAAGAUAAGUAAAAUGAAUGUGAAGGAGUGAUUAAAGCAUGGCUAAAAUUGGAGACUACACAUUUAUAAUGGUGCCAGUCUGCUUGGUUGUGGGAUUGCCAUCAUGCAAAUAGAACCCCAUGAUCUUCUUUUUCAUUUGCAAAUUAUUAUGGUGAUAUUUCAGAAUGUGCUGCUCUUCUGGAGCCCUUGUUGAAUGAGAGCUGAAGGACACCCUGUGUAGGAGGUUGAACUGGUUCUGAUACCGUGAUGGCACACAGAGGUAGGGUUUUUUUAUAGAGUUUAUGGAGAGGACAUGCCUAUGCAGUAAACGUUAUUUUACUCUUUUAAUUAUCAAUAAUUUCUUAUGAAUAGUUUAUACAAAGCUAUGGUGCCCAUGUCCCAAGUCUGUUAUUUGCCAAGAGCCCAGAAUUGGACUAUGUUCACUGAACUAAAUCAUAAAGAGGGGCAGCUACAUUGGUUGAGUGAGAUGCAAGCUUAAAAAGGACAGUUGAUUUCAUCCAAUCACAGUAAGAUUACAAAAAAAACCUAAUAAACAAAAAGUCUUUGGGUUAUUCAUAGCAGUUUCCUAUAAUUUGUCCACUUAGACUUCGUCUUUCUCCAGAGAAGGCAUAGACCAAAUAAUGUAGCAGAUGAAGAAGUUCUCAGUUGCUAGCCCUCAAAACAUGUGUACUUUAUAAGCCAAUGGAGCUUUCUAAGUAUCUUUUUAUUAUCUCUCAUUCUCUCUAAAAUGUAAAUUCCACGAGUCAAGAAACUUGUCUGUUUUAUUCACCAAUAUGUCUUCAGGGCCUAAACAGAGUCUGACACAUACUGAAUGCUGAAUAAAAAUUUGUUGAAAUUAUGAGUUCAAACUCAAAAUUUGUUGAAAAAAUUAAUAAAAAAAAUGAAA